UUCAGCUGAAGGUAUCAACAUCAGCAGUGUGUUAGAGACUGAGAUCGGUAUCACUCACACAACAGCACAAACUACAACUCAGACAUUCUUCAAAUCCUGAGAAUAAACCCAGACCCGUUUCAAAAAUGUCUUCACGCGAUAUCUUCUCUGGAAAUUCUGAAAGGGAAAAUGUUAUCUCCCAAAGGCGAGAGGUUCAAACUGCUUCCAACCAUUCUGUGAUGUUUUGUCGAAACGAAGCAUUCAACAGAAUGAUGGGUUGGGUCUUAAACAGGGAAGAAGUGAGUAAGAAAGAAGAACUGAUAAGAUCUACCCAGUCCCUCCACCACUAUGUGCACAAAUACUUCGACAUCACUAACAGACUGUUGGAGAUCCUCAAUACUCACAUGGAACAAAACGUCUCUCCUGCAGUCUUACCAAAUGAAAAUGAAAGUAUUGAACAUAACUGUGCCAGGGUUAGAGAGGUCAUGCACCUGGUCAUUGAUGUUUGUGAAAAGCAGGACAAAAAGUGUAAGAAAAGUGACCCUGUUCUUUAUGACAAGAUUGCUUUCUCUGUGGCGUCACUGAAAGACAAAGCUAAAGUGAUAAAGGAACUGCAUGAGAACACCAUGGGUCUUUUGGGGAAUCUCUUGUGUCCUCUAGUCACUAUUCAUCUAGCAAAAAGUAAUCUAGAGAGCGUCAUGCCUCCAGUUGAACAGCUUAAAUCUCUUAAGUCUUCUCCAUCAUUUGUUCUGGGAGAUCUAGAGCAGAGCAGUAAAAGAAUCACUAAACUUCUGUGUGGACCACAGAACCAGCAGAAGACCCUUGAUGAAGUCGUACUGUUAGUGCAAGGUCUCCUCUCUAUUCUGAGAACACCAUGUGACUCCUACAAUGCCAUUCUUAGUAGAGUGGAAGCCUAUGUCACCAUUAUAUCUGAAAGGAUCUAGGGCAGAAUUAUAAAGAAAAUUAAAGGGAGAUAGCGAUAAAAUGAAGCAUAAUGCUAAGAACAAAACAUAGAAGUUUACUUCCAACUUGUUUUUACUGCGUUUUUCUGUUGUACCUGUGUUUUAUCUAUGGUAUUACACCAUGCACACUAACCUAUAAAAAGAAAAUGUAACUUGAAUUGUAAAUGUGUGUGAAAUCUCUCGAACUUGGAGCUAUGCACAUGUCAAUAUGUGACAGUAGAGCUUGCACGAUUAAAAGUGAAUGUACUAACAUUAUGUGGUUAUACAGCAUAUUGAAAGUGGUAAAGUGGAAUAUAAACGCUUUGCAGCAGUUUCCAGUCCAGUAAACACUUUACAUGAAUAAAUCAACAUCAGCAGUGUGUCAGGGGUUGAGAUCUGUAAUACUCAAGUCGUAGCGCUUUUUAUAAUUUUCAUAUACACAGAAGAAAUCAUUUCAUUAAUACACAGAAUAAAACAACAUGAAA